UCAGGACUUUCCAGAGACAUGCAGUGGAAUCCUGUAUUGGAUGUCUAGAGACCAGCGAGUACAAGAUAACUGGGCCAUGCUGUAUGCUCAACGACUGGCUCUGAAACUAAAAGUACCCUUGGUUGUGUGUUUCUGCCUGGUACCCAAAUUUCUGGAAGCCACCAUUCGACAUUAUGGCUUCAUGUUAAAGGGGCUGGAAGAAGUAGAACAGGAGUGUCAAUCACUAGACAUCAACUUUCACUUACUGCAAGGUUAUGCUAAGGAUGUUUUGCCCAAAUUUGUGGCAGACAAUGAUAUUGGUGGUGUGGUGACUGACUUCUCCCCAUUGCGGGUACCUAUAGGGUGGGCAAAUGAUGUCAAAGAAAUCCUUCCAAAAAACGUGCCAUUUUGCCAGGUGGAUGCUCAUAACAUAGUACCUUGCUGGGAAGCCUCCCCCAAGUUGGAAUAUGGUGCUAGGACCAUUAGAAACAAAAUACACAACCAACUUUCUGGAUUCCUUACAGAAUUUCCACCAGUGUGCAAACACCCUCACAAAUCAAAACUGAAUUCUAAAGUUAUAGACUGGGAAAGUGUUAGGAAUUCCCUGGAAGUUGACCAGUCAGUACCAGAGGUCUCUUGGACGACGCCAGGAUCUAAAGGAGGCCUCACCAUGCUAGAGUCCUUCUGUAACAACCGUCUUCGCUAUUUCUCGUCAGAUAGAAACAACCCAAACAAAAAUGCCCUCAGCAAUCUGUCACCAUGGAUACACUUUGGGCAGAUCUCUGUUCAACGCUGCAUCCUUACAGUUCGCAAAUAUCGCAGCAAGUCAAGUGAGGGUGUCAAUGCUUUUAUCGAGGAGGCUGUAAUCAGACGAGAACUAGCUGACAAUUUCUGCUACUACAAUAAAAACUAUGAUUCUGUUGAAGGUGCCUAUGACUGGGCAAAGCAAACACUCAAGAUCCAUGCCUCUGACAAAAGACAGUUUCUGUAUACAAGGGAGCAGCUGGCUGAAGGAAAAACUCAUGAUAAUCUCUGGAAUGCAGCACAGAUACAAAUGGUUCAAGAGGGUAAAAUGCAUGGCUUCCUUAGGAUGUACUGGGCCAAGAAAAUAUUAGAAUGGACAGAAAGUCCUGAGGUUGCCUUGGCAACUGCCAUCUAUCUCAACGACAGAUUCUCAUUGGAUGGCCGUGAUCCAAAUGGCUAUGUUGGUUGCAUGUGGUCUAUUUGUGGCAUUCAUGACCAAGGAUGGAAGGAGAGGGAAGUAUUUGGCAAAAUACGAUACAUGAAUUAUGCUGGAUGUCAGAGGAAGUUUGAUGUAGCUGCAUUUGUCAGCAAGUACAAGGCCAAGAAAAAGUAGUGAUACUUUCAUCAGCGUGUGAGAUCAUAUAUCCCAGAUAGUAACUGCAUCAAAGUACAGAGAAAAGAUCAUCAUCUAUAUGUCUUACCCAAUAUUUUGAUCCAAAAACAGUUGUAUAUAAAUGUCUUAACAUAUCAUAGCAUGCAUUUUAUGAAUAAAGAUGAGUGGGCCCAUAGAAUCUCGGACAGCUUAACAAAUCAGUGAACAAAGUAGGUUUUUUUAUGUUUGUAUAAUUUUUGUGUCAGAUAUCUACAUCAUUAUGAUACAGAAUACUGU